AUGCAACGUACGCGGAGACCAUGGCUUUCUCUCGCCAAGGACCGGGUCUUCGACACAGUAUCUCGCUUCCUCUCUCAUGCACUUCCGGACCCACGCUACUUUUCUUACGACAUCGACCAAUUCGACGACUAUCGAAUCGCAUCACCCGAAGAAGCUGCUCUGGACUCGGAUGGGAUCCUCGACGGGCCCGGACUCAAUUGGGGUGGUAGCACCCUCGAGGUUGUCCGUUCCCAGGCCAUCUUCCUCACGCGUUCGGCUGCCUUCGGCCCUCGCAUCACCGACGAUGCGGGUCUCAAAGGCUUCUUGCUUCCUGUCUCGGACUUUUACAAGGUGCCCAAGGAAGCCAGCUUCUCGACAUCGGAUGCCAGUCGCGAUCCUGUCCACGCCUGCCCGUACAAAGGCGGUCCCGGAUCUCGACGCGACCUUCUGCUCGACAGGUAUGAGGACGAGGACGACCGUCGUCUCUAUUCGUCUUUCCAUCCUGGCUCAUCCUCGCAAGCUUCUUUCACAUGGAGUCACGGAGACGAUGACGGCUUGCAGGCAAGUCCCAAGCCUCCACACGACUGGAUUGCGCUGGUCGAGCGUGGCGGCGGCUGCGGAUUUGCCGACAAGGUGCGGGUUGCUCAGGAGCUUGGUGCAGUGGCAGUUGUCGUAGGCGAUGCUCCGAAUCCCGGCUGGCACGGUGGUCGUUCUGGCGAUCCGAACGAGGAGGGUGACCCUGGCCUCAGCGGCAAGCGUCUCAUCACCAUGUUCGCGCCGGGCGACACGAGCGAUUUGCACAUCCCCUCUACCUUUGUCACCCGUCCGAGCUACCUCGACCUCGAACGUCUCAUUCAGGAGACGGAGAAGGAUCAAGAGGAUUGGCAGAAGCAGCAUCCGUCGCAGCACGACGAGCCGCCGCGCCCACCCAUGACGCGCGGGCUCGAGAUCGUGAUCGGCAAGGACGACAUGGUGUGGGAAUGGCCUCUGAUCGAUUUUGGGAUUCUGUUGCUGCUGCUUCCGAGCUUUAUGACGGUGAUCACGAUCAUCGUGCAUCGUGUACGGAUGGUGAGGCAGAGGAGGAAGGAGAGGGCGCCGGAGCUGGUUGUGCUUGGUCUGCCGUGUUUGAUCUGGAGGGGCAACGGUCAGCCGUGGGAGAAGGUGGAGGGUGCGGAUGUUGAUCCUGGACCGGGGAAUGGUGGUGCGACGUCUCCGCCUGCGGAUGGUGAUUUUGGUGCGGACGAUUUGGAAGCUGGCAGGGCGGGGGAGACGAUCCCGCUGUUGGGUGAGGAGAACGAAGCGGGACCGUCGCAACGCGCGCACACGUCUGUCAAGAUGCCACCUAACCCGUCGGCGUUCUUGCCACCGGGCAGGACAUAUUUCAGUACGGACGAGUGCGCCAUCUGUCUAUGCGACUUUGUGGAUGGAGACCGGGUGAGGGUGCUGCCGUGCGGUCAUAUUUUCCAUCGGCAGGAGGUGGAUGAUUGGUUGGUGAGGGUGAAGAAGCUGUGUCCGAUUUGUAAGAGGGAUAUCACGGUGCCGGUGCCACCGGCGCCUCCGGUGGCUUUGGCGGGAACAACGGUAGCGGGGGCAGUGGAGGAGCAGGUGGUGGUUCCGGCGGUGGUGGCGGAACAGCCGGUGCAGGAGCAAGGGGAUGAAAGUGUGGAUCUGGUUCAGCAUUUGAGUUCGGGAGAGAGGCCGGAGGGUAGGCAGGUGUAG